UCAUUGGGGUCAUGGGAGCAGUAGAGCAGGUGACCUGUCCCAGGUCUCAUUAGACUCCCUGUGGCUGCAGCCUGAUGCACAGGAUGGGUGUGAGGACGGUGGUAGGAGGCCCAGGACGGAAGCUGCUGUGAUAGUGCUGGAUAUGGACUUUGAGGACGUGGCCAUUGCCUUCUCUGAGCAGGAGUGGGCGCUCCUUGGUGAGGCUCAGAGACUUCUGUACUGCGAUGUGAUGCUGGAAGUGUUUGCGCUCCUCUCAUCUGUAGGUUGCUGGCAUAAAACGGAUGAUGGGGAGGCCUGUUCUGAGCAGAGUGUAUGUGUACAAGGAGAGUCACAGGUCAGGGCUUCUGAGACAGCUCCAGCAACCCAGACGACCCUUCGGUGUAUGUGGUGUUUCUCAGUGUUCAAAGAUAUUCUGCGCCUGACUGAGUCACAGGCAGCAUACCUUGAGCAGAAAGCCUUCUUCAGUGACGCAUGUGUGAGAGACUUCUGUUUGAGUGCAAACCCUCACCAGCAGCAGGGGGAAACCAGUGGAGAGAAGCCCUGGGAAGAAGCUGUGGACAGGGCCUCGUUUGUGACCUGCUGCAGCUUCCGAUCUUGGGUGCCUUCAACCAAUAGAAAGGUUGGGAAAGUCUCCCCAGGUAUCUCAGGGCUUCUCCAGCAGCAGGUAACUCUCAACACUGGGGAGCCACACAGUGCACGUGAGAUUUCAUGGGAAUUUGUGAGUGGAAAAGGUCAUCACAAUUGGGGUGGACAUGAAAACGCUGCCAGCAACAGCGGGAAAGUCAUUCGACAUCAGAGUGUCUGCUCUGAAGAAGUGAAUAAUGAGGGUAACAAAUGUGGGGAAGUCUCCAUACGUACAUUUAACCUCAAUCGACGUAGGAGAGUUCACACUGCAGAAAAGCCCUAUGAGUGUACUGAUUGUGGGAAGUUCUUUAGAAAAAGCACUACCCUCAUUGAACACCGGAGAGUUCACACGGGAGAAAAGCCCUAUGAGUGCACUGAUUGUGGGAAGUUCUUCAGGCAAUGCUCUAACCUAACUCAACACAAGAGAGUUCACACUGGUGAAAGGCCCUAUGUGUGUGGUGAUUGUGGGAAGUCAUUCAGGCAAAAGUGUGCCUUCAACAGUCACCAGAGAACUCACACUGGUGAAAAGCCCUAUGUGUGUGGUGAUUGUGGGAAGUCAUUCAGUCAAAAGUGUAGCCUCAACGUUCACCAGAGUGUGCACACUGGUGCAAAGCCGUAUGAGUGUAGUGAAUGUGGAAAAUCAUGUGGGUCCAGUCUUCAUCUCCUUAACCAUAAGAGAAUUCACACUGGAGAAAAGCCAUAUCAGUGUACUGAUUGUGGAAAGUCAUUCAGUGAAAAGUGUAACCUUAAGAGUCACCAGAGAACUCACACUGGUGAAAAGUCCUAUGUGUGUGGUGAUUGUGGGAAGUCAUUCAGUCAAAAGUGUAGCCUCAACGUUCACCAGAGAGUGCACACUGGUGCAAAGCUGUAUGAGUGUAGUGAAUGUGGGAAAUCAUGUGGGUCUAGUCACUGUCUCCUUAACCAUAAGAGAAUUCACACCGAAGAAAAGCCAUAUGAGGGUGGUGAUUGUGGGAACUCCUUCAGCCAAAGCUCUAUGCUCAUGGGCCACAACAGAUCCCUGUUAUUAGACACCUGUGUGUUUGUCUUCCAGCCCUGCCUUUUAUUGCCUCUACAAUCAGGCAGUUCACAUUGAGUCUCUGAGCCUGGUUUCCUCCCCAGGAAAUAGAUGGUUAAGCCAUGUCAGCUUGUGGAGAGGAUUAAAUGAUAUAAUUCUUGUAAAGCAUUGAAUCCAGGGCCUGGCACGUGUAGGGCACAUUCAGUAACUGUUAGCUCCAUAGCUUCACAAUGUGUGCUGACUGCAGACAUGCACACAAUGUAGGAAAAGUCUACUUGUUAGUCUUUGUAUCUUUUCAAGUUUUCUUUUUAAAUGAAUAGCAUAGGAUUAUGUAUGUUCUCUCAUAGCCGGCUGUUUCUUGUAAAAAUGUGAAAUUUGUAAAUCAGAAAUAAAACUCUGACAGUUGGAGUGGG